AGCGACGAUAGUUUAAUAUCGUUUCGAUCGAAGUGUAACGGUGAACACGACUUGCUAAGCUGCACCAACUGCUGCCUUGAAGUUCCUUGAAGUAGGCCACCACUAUGGUGGCAUGUACAGUAGAUCAAGUAGCUUUUCUUAAAGUUUUAGCUCACGCCGCCAAGUUCCCUUCAAACAGCAUAAACGGCAUUUUACUUGGCAACUGUUCGGAGGGCGGCAAUGUUGAAAUUCACGAUGCCAUCCCGCUAUGCCAUACAACUCUGACGUUAGCACCUGCUCUGGAAAUUGGACUUGCACAGGUUGAGUCAUAUACGCACAUAGCUGGCGGUUUCAAGAUUGUAGGGUACUACCAGUCAGAUGCGCGUUUCGGUCCUGGGGACCUUUCGCCGUUAGGACGGAAGAUUGCCGACAAGGUGUCCGAACAUCAAUCGGACGCAGUGGUGAUUGUGCUGGAUAACAAGCGACUGGAGCAGUUUUGCAAGGCACAGGCCGAUAACCCGUUUGAGCUUUUCCACCGAGAUGGGACAAAAGGCUGGAAGCGCUCUGGCAGCGGUAGCAGCGCGGCUGACAGUGGGGCCACGGCGCCCAAGGUGCUCCAGCUAAAAGGCAACGAUUGGAAGCAGCUGCGCGAGGAGUUCUUCACCAUGUUUAAGCAGCUCAAACACCGGACUCUGUACGACUUUGAGGAGCACUUGGACGACCCGGCAAAGGACUGGCUAAAUAGGAAUUUCUCGGCAGCCCUCAAGUUCGUGCUGCCAGGGAAUGCGCUCUAGGAUGAAACGGGAAAUGGGACUGGGAUUCACUGGGAAGCGAGGGACUGGAAGGGUAGCCGCCUCGGGCGUGGUGUCAGCUUAUCCAGCAGUUGGAAAAUCACGCACGCGGCGCCAAAGGGUGGUUUUGUUGGGAGUAUGCAUUGGGGCUUUUUAACCCCAAGUGAGGAUUGUAUGUGGCAGGCGUGGAUAGGGGUACGCAACUGGGUGAUAGUUUUGCACCUCUGCUCUCUUGGACCCUUGACCGGGUCUCAGCUUUCAGCCGGCGUUGUCGCAUUACCCUGUCGGAUGACCAUUCGUGGCUUCCUUCGUGAAGGCACUCGUGGUGUGUUCGUCUGGCGGCGUUACUUGCGACUGGUGUGGUGAUGUGCACUGCCACUGGCCGUUGAAGGCCCUUGCGAACUCCGUAUUAGGCUACAGUUGCUGGGGCAUUGGGUUUGGGCUCCUCAGUGGGGUGGGGAGCGUACGCGCUUGCUUUGCUGUUCAACAAUGACCUACGUAUUGGUGAAGGAGGGUGGAACGGGUUUGUCGCAUUAAUGUAGGCAAAAUGUCGUCGGUCUAGUCGGCCUUGGCAUUAUCUUUCUGCCUGCUUGCCAGGUGGUGCCGCUGCCGUGUUGAUUUCGGAACAGGUAUCUAUCAUUCAGCGCUGCUCCACGUCAGUGGGUCGGUCGUUGAAUCUUUAUGAUAUGGAUAAAAUGACCGGCCAUCAUGCCGUACAGUCUGACAAAAUGGACGCGAGACAGCCUCUUUGCCUGUCCCCCCUUCCUUACCCCCCCGGCAUAUUCUUUUUCCGCUUUCUCGAAAUUAGACAAUUGGUUGGUGGUGUGAGCAUCUCCCUAAUACGACCUACUGCUAAUACGACCAUUCUGGCGAAGAAGAAAAGCCUUUUAACAAUUCAAUCCGGGCG